AUGGAUAACUAAGCAAUUCUCAGUUUGCAAGUUUACAGCAAGAAUAUAUUUUUUAAUCAUCCUUAUGAAUUAAAAUAUACAGGAGAUAAAAUUUUGAUGUAUAAGGUAUUAUGAUCAUGCUUAUUAAAAAAGCUAAAAUAAGGUGUUUAGAUAUUUAGAUUUCAGGUCUUAGUCAGAAUCAUGACUCUGAUAAAAUGGAUUAUUAAAUUUGAGAACAAACAGCCCAAAUUCAUCGGGUUUACGAUAAAAAUAAAGAAAAAAUUUAAGACUUUCAUUAGUAAAGACCCUGACUAACUCAUAAAGUAUAUUUGAUUAUAAAAUGACUGUUAGACUAAAGAAUUCGCUUAGCUGCAGAUGUAGUUUUGGAAAUUUUUAUGAAUUAUAUACUGUAAAAUGUGAUAUAAGCAGAGGGUCAUCGGGAAAUGUAAAAAAAAUUCAAUGUAAAUCUACUGGAAAUGAAUUAGCUGUUAAAUAUAUUAAUAAAAAGGAUUUAACUCCUUUAAAUUAUGUAAAUAGAAUAUCUAAACUUUAGUCAAUCAUAGAGUAAGAGAUAGCUGUGAUGAACAAAGUCAAAGGAUUUGACUAUUUUGUUCAGAUUUAAGAUGUCUAUCAGGAUGAUUAAUAAUAUUUAAUAAUCAUGAAUUAUCUGGAAGGGUAUUCAUUGUCUCAUUAUCUGGAAAAUAAUAAAAAGAUGAAUAAAACCUUCUCCUUGUUUCAAAUAUUUUCAAUAAUGAAACGUCUAUUUGAAGCUUUGAUCAAACUAUCUGAAUUGGAAGUAAUUUGAUAUCUGAAUGUAGAUCAUCCAUAGAGAUAUUAAACCUUAAAACUUGGUUUUAGCAGAAGAAGAUGAUUUCAACUCUCUCACAAUUAUUGAUUUUGGAUUUGCAACCUUCACCAAUAUUAACAGAUAUCUUUUAUAUAAAUGUGGAACUCCUGGAUAUGCUGCACCUGAAGUAUUGAAUUCUCAAUGCACAUAUUACUCGUUUAGUUGUGAUGUCUUUAGCAGUGGGUGUCUGCUUUACUAAUUGUAAUUAUAGCAUAUCAAAGUUUAGGUUAUUUCAUGAAUUACCAUUUAAAGGGGAUACAGUUGAAUAGUUAGUGCACAACAACAGAAUAUGCUAAUUAAAUUUUGAUUCAGAUAAGUGUGAUACAUUCUCAAAUAAUAUUAUUGUAAAUGAGUAUUUUAUUUAUAGAGUCUCUUGAAAUCUCUAUUGGAAAAGAAAAUCUCUGACAGAAUACAUUUAAAGAAUGCCUAUGAUUAAUUUUCAAAUUUGUAUGAUCUCUAUAAGCAAAGAUUCGACACUGAAGAUUGUCAUGACUCUUCUCCUCUUGUUAAUAGAUUACCUAAUUUUGAUACCUAAAUUGGUAGAAUAUUUGAGUAAAAUACUACAAGGGAAUCAAGACAAAGUUUAUCAAACUGUACAUAGAUUAUUUCAAAGUGA